AUGCCGAAAACUUCUGAUUUAGAAGCAGCGAUGUGUAGGCAGAAGACACCAAAUCUACCUGACUCUGCUUGGGACAUCGGAAAAUGGUUGAGCAGGCAGGUCAAGCAACUUGCCCAGUUCUUUCCAAUACCCAGGCACAACAUAGCCUUAGCGAGCACUGAAGCCAUUCUCGAACAUAUAAACGAGGAAGGAGAACGUAGAACGGAGCUUUGGAACUGGGUAGAGGCGAAGGGAGGAGUCAUGGAAUUGGUCAUCCGAGAACAUGGGAACAACAUAGUUCCAGUUCUUGUACUAUUGGUGCAAGCCGCCCUAAUGUUUCAAAUCACCAAGUAG